AUGCCUGAAGAAGAUAUUUCAGCUCAAAAUAUUGACAAGUUAAUUCCUCGAAUCUUUGAUCAGAUGCGAUCUAAUCAGGUAAACAACACUAAAAAGACAGUUGAAACAACGCCUUGGUUCACAUCUUCCUCUAUUUCUACGUCAGUUUUAUUGAAGGAAUUGGAGCAGCUCGAUAAGAUUAUACCUGUUAUUAAGCAUCUGAAUGGGUCGUUAAGGAAUUCUACUAUGGACAAUCUAAGCCGUAUAAAAAUGACGUGCCGGUCGGUUAAUAAGGUACUAGAUAGUUGGCUUAAGAUUCAGUCCCAAGCUAGUUACGUUGGGGAGCUUAUGGAUGACGAUGAAUACCUGCAAUAUAUUGAGGAGACAAAAGGGGAUGAGGCGAAGUGCGCGGAUUACAUGAACAAGAAGAGGUUACAGGUCGAGGAAUUGAGACGAAAAGUUGAUGAAAAACUAAAACCGGUGGAUAGUAUAACUGUACAUGCUCCUCCGCUACGGAAAGGUAUGAAGACUACAACUCUAGGUGCUAGAGGAAGAAUGCAAGGGUCUGGGAUACCGAAAGGCAAGUCUGAAGCGGUGAGUAAGGUUAGAUCAGGGUAUACACGGGGGGAUGCGGCUAAAGGGCGCAAACUGUUCCGUUAG